AUGGCGCAGCAUCUACCACAUCUUCCUGACUGGGAACAGGUCAGCACGAACAUCAUCCGUAUACUCGGCGGCAAUCCAAGCAAGUUCACACUCCAAGGCACAAACACAUACCUCCUCGGGCGUGGCGCAAGCCGCCUCCUCAUCGACACAGGCCAAGGCGAGAAGCGCUGGCUCGACAGCCUCGCGAGCGUCCUGCGCCGCGAGAACGCGACAGUGCAGACAUGCCUCCUCACGCACUGGCACCACGACCACGUCGGCGGGGUGAAGGACCUGAAGUCUCUCCCUUCCGGGUCCGAGGCUGAAAUAUACAAGAACACACCGACGCUCAACCCGGACAACCUCCUCGACCCUUCGCAAGUCCGCGACAUCACCGACGGCCAGCGCUUCAGCACGCCGUCGACGCCCGAGGAGCCCGCCACGUUCGAGGUCGAAGCCGUCCACACGCCCGGCCACGCAAAGGACCACAUGUGUUUCCUCGUCACGUCGUCCCCGGACCCGGACGAGGUUGGCGCGCUCUUCACCGCGGACAACGUCCUGGGCCACGGGACGGCCGUCUUUGAGGACCUCGGGCAGUACCUCGACAGUCUGAACCUGAUGAAGCGCCGUGUCGUCGAACUGUCGUCGUCGUCGUCGUCGUCGUCCAAGAAACCGAAAAAGGCAUACCCUGGCCACGGCGCCGUGAUUGACGACGCAACGGGCAAGAUAGACGAGUACAUCACGCACCGGCGCAUGCGGGAGGAGGAGGCCCUCAACGUGCUCCGGUACGGCACCGUCAAGAAGCCCGGAAGCUCCGAGGGCGUGGUGCACGACAGUGUCACGACGGUGGGGGAGAGCGACAGCGAGACCGAAGCGUCGUCGUCAACCGCAACCACAACCACGGCCACGACCUUGGGCAAGGAGGUCGCCGUCGGCAAGGAGUGGGAGAGCAUGGAGAUGGUCAAGGUCAUUUAUCGCCAUUACCCCGAGUCCCUCUACCAGCCUGCCGAGUACGGCUUGCUUAUGGUGCUGGAGAAACUCAGGCGGGACGGCAAGGUGGUCAAGACGGAUGAUGCGAAGUGGAGGGUCAGCGAAAAGGCUACAUUGUGA